GCGACUGAAGGAAAUGAACUGAAGCGCACAGUCCCGCCGCAGCUACGGAGUUUUGUCUCGAAUCGAAUAGGAUCACAAUAAAGGAACAGACGUAAAGAAAGGAGGAAGAGCCGAGGGAAAGGGACACUGCGUCGCGGAAAAUCCCGACGGGAGAGCGGGAAAGAGCGAGGACGAGCCGGGCAGCACCCUGGCUGGGCACCGAUAGGAAACAUGUACUGCGCGUACACCAUCCCGGGCAUGACCAGCAGCUCUCUCAUGUACUACUACAACGGGAAGGCGGUGUAUGCCCCCUCUGCCGGUUCAGCCGACUACAACAGGGACUCACCGGGAUAUCCCAGCUCAAAGCCACCCAGCUCUGGCUUCCCCGGUUCCUUUUUUAUGCCAGAUGGCCACCACAGCAAUGACCCCUGGAGCAGCAGCAGCAGUAGCAGUAUGUCCCAGCAUGGUGGUUACCAUGGUAAUAUGAUUGGGGGAGGUACCUCUGGCCACACUCCGUCUCAAAGCUCCUCCUAUUGUGGGAUCCACCCCCAUGACAGAUUGAAUUACCCGCCUCACUCUUCAGCAGACCUCAGCUCCAGUCUGCCCCCCAUGACGAGCUUCCACAGGGGGGGAGGCUCAUCUGGGGGGGGCAGUCACUACAGCACAGCAUCCUGCACCACCAACACCAAUGGAACAGACUCAGUCAUGGUGAAUCGUGCCCAGAGUGGAGCAGCCAGCAGCUCUCAGACUGGAGAUGCCUUAGGAAAAGCACUUGCUUCAAUUUAUUCUCCAGACCACACAAACAAUAGUUUUUCGUCAAACCCUUCCACCCCAGUUGGAUCUCCGCCCACACUUACAGCUCCCAGUUCUGCUGCUUGGUCAAGAAAUGGAGGACAAGGAGCACCUUCACCCAACUAUGAAACGCCAUUGCACUCUCUGCAGACACGUAUUGAGGACCGGCUGGAGCGUUUGGACGAUGCCAUCCAUGUGUUGCGGAGCCAUGCAGUGGGGCCCUCUACAGGCUUGAGUGCACAUGGUGACGUUCACAGUCUUCUAGGAGCACACAAUGGCAUUAUGACCUCUCUGGAGUCUGGUUAUGGCUCAAGCCUGCUGUCCAGCCGACACUCACUCAUGGUGGGCUCUCACAGAGAGGAGGCGGGUCAUCGAAACAGUCACAUGACAAGUUCGUCUGUCUCUCAACUGUCCAAUCAGACGGCCACCUCACCAGAGCUGAACCACAGUGACCCCUACAGAGUGCUGUCCAGAGGGGUGCAGGGGCAGAGCGCGUCUUCGGUCAGCUCUGAGAUUAAAUCUGAAGAUGAGGUGGACGAGAACCUGCUUCAGGACCCGAAAGCCCUGGACACAAAGGAGGAGGACAUCGAUGGGAAAGAGCUCAAAGCUUUAGAGAGCAAUAAUGAUGACGAAGACCUGACGCCGGAGCAGAAGAUGGAGCGUGAGCGGGAGCGGAGGAUGGCCAAUAACGCCCGGGAGCGUCUGCGGGUGCGGGACAUUAAUGAGGCCUUCAAGGAGCUGGGCCGAAUGGUCCAGCUGCACCUGAAGAGUGACAAACCCCAGACCAAGUUGCUCAUCCUUCACCAGGCUGUGGCAGUCAUCCUCAGCCUGGAGCAGCAGGUCCGAGAGAGAAACCUGAACCCAAAGGCAGCGUGCCUGAAACGGCGUGAAGAAGAGAAGGUUACUGUGGCGACAGAAGGGCCUCCACUGUCUCUGGCUCCUGCACACCAUCCCAUGGGCUCAGAUGGUUCCAUGGGACAUAUGUAAAAUGUUCCACGGAGCUAGGCUGCAGAAGACUACUUCCUCGUCAUCUUCUACAACUGAAGCUCUGUAUACCUUUAUAACAGAAAUCUUACUUUCCAUUUUAUCAACAUUCCCACUUUUAAAAACAAAUGUUUUUUUUGUUUGUUUGUUUUUUUUAUAUAUGUAUAAAUAAAUAUAUAUAUAUAUAUAAGAAGAUGAAAUGGUCUAAAAGGUGCAAAGGGCGCACAUUAAAUGAACUCAUGGGAUAAUUUACAAAUGAAAACAUAUCACAGUGUUUGAUGGAUUCUUUUGUAAAAAAAAUAAAUAAAUAAAUAAAAAGGAGCACAGACUGAACAGCAGUUUAUCAACACUGUGGAAGAAGCUGUGCCUCAAGUUCUUUUGGGUGCAACAAGAACAAAAAGAACAAAAACACAAACCAACAAUGCAUAUUUCACAGCAGAAUUUAUGAAGGAAACAUCUUCACUACCUGAGGUCUACAGAAAUCUGGAGACCUCACGCAUUCCCAAGGCCCACAUUGUCCCACAGAGCUAAGCUUUGGGAGUGUAGGCACUGACAGUGAAAAUUCUUCAGAUUAAUGUCUUUUCAUUGAAUACCCUGUCCUAAACCAGCUGCCAAUCUGCCUAAAGAAUUCAUUCCAUAAUGAUUAUGUUUUUUUUGAUGAUCUCUAAAUGAUAAAUCAAGGGGCUGCAUAUAAUGAAACACAUGUGUUUGGUUCAUUUGAGGUGUUGCACUCUCUGCAAACAUUAUUACAAUGAGAUAAGAGAUGUAUGCAUAUGGCAAUCAUGUUCAUAAAUAUACAUAUACAUAAAUCAUUUAAGAUUUAUGUCAUAUCAGUCAUGUUCCAGUCCAUUGAAUGAAUGAAAGAGAUUAACGUAAUGUUUGGUUACACCUUAUAAUAACUACAGAAUUGAUUAUAUUUUAUAUAACUUACAGGGUGAAUCUUAUAAGAAUCAACAUGUAAGAUUAUUGGUGAUGGAUGCCCCCAUGUCACCAUGGAGAUAGAUCACUUUUAUGUCAUUCUGUCAAAUGUUAGAGCAAAGAAUGAAUAUCUCCAUGGCGACAAGCAGAUGGAAGACCAUAAGAGUGACAAAUCAGGUCUGUGGAGAGACAAGCCUCUCACAGCAGGGGUGCAUAUUUCAGCGUUUUAGUGCAAGAAACAUACCUGCCAUCAAAUAAAUCUCUAUUAAAAAAAAUUACUUAAAUGUUACAUGGCAGGGCUUUAAUUAAGGGCUUAGUGUUAGAAGUUAGGGUGUUCAUUAAGUAGUUACUAAGCCUGAAUAAUAAUGAAAAAACUAAACAAAACAUUAUAGCCUUUUAUGAAACCUAAUCAUGUGCAGUUAUUAUAAAGUGUUACCUACACCCACUAACACGGUUCAGGCCCCUGAAUAGUUCAUUGCCAUGUUUCAGCAGGAACUCCCAGUGGAAAGAAAAGUGACUGUGGUGCAAGUGAACGCUGUCACGACUAUUGCUGCUUCCUCUCCCUCUUGGAGCGAUCAGAUUAUGAAAAUUGUCAGUGUGCAGCUCAAGUAUAGUUGGGCCUUUUUAGGUUGUGUU